UGAAAAAGAAAUGAAAUCGGGAUUUAAUAGUGUUCAGCCCCCCAUCCCACACAACCCGUCCUUCUUUUCUGAUUUUUCGUCUCAGGCGCCUCGUUUCUGCUUUUUGUCGGCCCUACAACUUAGGCGGCUGUAGAUUUGAGGUUAUGCCAGCCUUCUGACGACCGUCUCGUACCCAAAAAUUUGUCUCUCGGGGACCCCUAUUUUUCUGCAAGUUGCCGAUCCCGUGGAUGGGUGAGAGAGACGCGAAACUCAAUUGAUUGGACCCUGAAUGACCGCCAAAAUGCGUUUCUUCCCGACGACAUCAUCAACCUCUCUCAUCGCCUUCCUUCUCGCGUGCGGAACCGACGCAAAUCGGUCGUCACAAUGCCUCAGGAGCCAGAGCCGCGAGCUGGCAAGCCAGGCCGCCUGCGGCCAUAGUGGCUCACUUGCAUACUGCCUGGGCAACCUGCCGGCGACUGUGGAGGACUCGGCCUCGACCAUUCUUGAAAAUCUCGAAAUCUGCUUCGUUAAUGCCGGCUGCACAGCCGCCGAGGCCAAGAUCGAAGCUCUCUGGACGCUGAAGCGAUGUGACUCUCCCGCGGACCUUCGGAGGCACGUAGGCAGGGCUUCCGGCGACGACGACGAUGAUGACGACGAGUCGGAGACCGCGAAGGCGACCAAGACAACUUCCAAACCCACGGACAAGACCACGGAGAAGACUACAGAGAAGACCACGGAAAAGACCACAGAAAAGGCCGCCGUCAAGACCACCGAGACCACCGAUUCGGAGCCCACCACGACCGCCGCCCCCUCAACCAUCACCUCGGGCCCAAAGACCGUCAUCGUGACCGCCUCGACCACCAACGCCCCCACCGUCUCCGCCGCCGCGGCAUCAGCAGCAGUAAGCUCAGGCCGCCCGUCCCAGUGCUUCACAACCAGCCUGGUCAGCAUAACCGUGUGCCCGACCCAGUCGACGGGGCCCAACUCUGGCUCCAAGCUCUCGUGCUUCCCCACGCAGGCGGCCUCGUCCGCCUGCGCAAAGGGCCUGAUCUGCCACACGGAGCGCGACGGCGCCUCCUCGUGCAUGUUCGCCCACAACGGCCUCGAUGCCGGCGGCGUCGCCGUCGCCCUGCUGCUGUCCUUGCUCGCCGCCGCCGCCAUCUUCCUUAUGGUCUUCUUCUGCUGCCGCGAGCGCUCCGAGCAGCGCCGCCACGCCAAGGCCGCCGAGGCCGCCGCCAUCGCCCGCGACGCCAAGAAUGCCGCCCGCCUGCGCGGAGCCGGCGCCGGCGCGGCCGGCGUCCCCCUCAUGGCUGGCUCGAACAACAACAACAACUACAACAACAACUACAACAGCAGCAACAACAACCUCCCGCCCGUCCCCGCCAUUCCAUCCUCCGCCCCCGGCGUCGGUCUCGGUCUCGGCUACGACGGCGCGGACGACUCCGCGUAUGGCGGCGCGGCGCAGCCUGGGUCUGCUGGCGGUGCGCCGCAGAUCUAUGGCGGGGCGCAGAAUCCGUUUGUGGACCAGCACGGGCCGCGGUGAUGCUUCGAGCGUAGUAGUUAGUUAGUCACGACGUGGAUUUGACGGGGAUCGUCGAGUCUGGGAAGCUUUGGAGCCCGAUUUCUCCCUGCGGGUGAAUGUGCUCAUAAAUGGCUUGUUGGGUUGGGAUCAGCCAUAGAAGAAGAGGCCGUGAUGAGUUAGAUAACUAUCUACGGUCAUUUCUCUGCUCUUUUUCUUCUUCAUUUGGGAUUUCCUUGCUUUGCAUAGGCCAUGAUGUGAUGAUGCUUUGGUGUUUGUUUGUAGUCUGUACAACCCUCGACUUGGGCAAAGGGGCGCCUCCUUUUUUUUUCAUUUGCACAAAAUGAUAUUCUACCUACCUCGAAAACUUGAAAUCUGCA